AUGGCAACAAUCGUGGUUCAGCAGCCUCCGGUGCAACACUCUUCGACUCCUCCUCCUCUCUCCUCCGCUCUCAGUCUCAGUGGCUCCGCAUCGCGGGCCCAACCCCCCAUACCAAACAAACACCUCCCCGUUUGCCCCACGGGCCCACCUCCUGCAAGCUCAAAGAUACCCGCUCCAACGGUAUCAACGACAAAACCCGUCAAAACAUUUCUUUACCCCCCGAGCAAAUUUCCAAAGCUUUAUGAUAGCCCUCCCGUCUAUACCCUCGAUGCAAAUCAGCUGGCGGCGGCUCUCGAUGAAGCAUCCACCCGAGCCUUACCAGAGCCAAACAAGGUCUUCCCGUGGCUGCAUGGUUUACACCCAGACAACCAGAUCCAGCUAGCAUUUUUCGUUCCGAGACGGAGAACCUUGCGACGCGUUCCGAAAUGUUUGAGGAAUGUAAUCAUAGUCAAGGUUGGUGGGGAACUGAGUAGCUCAAGGAUCAAAGGAGCAGUAGCGCCCAGUGAGAUCCUUAACGGCUCUACAUUUCUCGACGCAGACCCGCCUAUGGGAUUCUCCGUGCGAAAUUUCCAUAUACAGGCCGCGAAACUUGCCCCCGUUUGCGAUAUCGUCGUUUACGGAGAAGAUGGCGUGAAGCCGUCCCAGUUGUUAUCAUUGGCUAAACAGGUGUCAUCGGCACAGGAAACAUGGAGGCUGAAGUUUGAUCCUGGAGAAGAACACCGCCUGGUUAACACUUUUAUUCUAUCGACCUCCUUUCGUGACCUUGAAAACCAGCACCCUGAACUGGUAGCUGUUCGCUCCGAUGGACAGAUCACCGAUCGAGUAAUGGAUUUCUUCCGCUGGGAGCGAAUUGAGAUGUGUAACAUGUCUCACCCGUCCGAAAUAUCCAAAAAUGUUUUCCUGGGCUACACCCCGGAGCCAUCCUCUUCUAAUUCUAACGGCGAUCAAAAGCCGCCGUUUGAUCUCAUGAUUGAAACACACGAUGUUGCCAAUAUACCUGACCCACGAUACCUCACCAAAGUCACAACUCUUCUCGAAAGCGGCCCUCAGUCCAUAGAAUUUCCCUCAUCUGGCAGUAUCAUAGCCUCUGAGCUGAGCCAAGUCGAAGUAUUCGACAUCAUCGACACAUGCAGAUGGAUUUACCAUUUGGCGCAUCCUCCCGAACCAGAGCAGGAAAUGGUUGAAGCUGAUGGAGAUAUUCAGAUGGUCUCGCUGAAUUCUCGCCCUCGAAAGAUCUUGAUCCAUUGUGCUGACGGUUAUACCGAGAGCUCCCUUCUAGCUAUUGCAUACUUCAUGUUCGCCGAAGGUGUGCCAGUUCACGAAGCAUGGCUGAGGCUGCACUGCGAGAAGAAAAGAAACUUUUUUGCGUAUCCUUCAGAUGUCACGUUUUUAACAACAAUACAACACAAAUUAUUGCGUGAAAGCCCUGCAGCAAAAGCUAGCCGGCUUGUGAGCCAACCCGAUCCGGACUGGAUGACGAGGCUCGAUGGCUCCCUCCCGAGUCGCAUUUUGCCAUACAUGUACCUAGGCAAUCUGACACAUGCUAAUAAUCCAGAGUUGCUGCGGGCUUUGGGGAUUAAACGGAUUUUGAGCAUCGGGGAGCCGGUAUCCUGGCAGGACGCAGACCUUCAGAACUGGGGCUCCGAUAAUCUAAUGAUGAUAGACGACGUUCAAGACAAUGGUAUAGAUCCUUUGACAAAGGAAUUUGAUCGGUGUUUGGGGUUUAUCGAAAAAGGGAAGUUGGACGGCACUGCUACCUUGGUACAUUGUCGUGUUGGCGUCUCAAGGUCUGCGACCAUCUGCAUUGCAGAGGUCAUGGCUUCUCUGGGGUUGUCCUUCCCCAGAGCAUACUGUUACGUCCGGGCAAGAAGAUUAAACGUCAUCAUUCAACCGCACCUUCGAUUUGUGGGACUGCCUAGUUACGAGCUAAUGAAAUGGGACGAACUUCUCCGGCAGAAGCGCAACCAGCCCAUUCGACGAGACCUGGAAUGGAUAACGAUCACCCGCGAGAUUGCUCUCAUGAAUAAGCCAUACUCUCGACAGUAG